AUGAACAAGUAUGACACGCAAGCAGUUGCAACGAAAAGCACAGUGACCAACAACACGUACGAUAAUGCGUACGGGUCGCAGGAUAGUAAUAAUAAUAGAGUAGACUCUGGGUAUACAUCGAAAAUCGCAUCCCCCGACGUGUACAGCGCCCCCUUCAAUGCUCCAAACAGUGCCAAGGAUACCGACAGUACAAACUCACAACAACAACAGCAACAACAACAUACAAAUUUACUAGCAGAUCCCCGUACCAAUUCAGAGCGCGCACAGCUCCCGUCAGCGUCCACAGACUUCCGACCGCCGACGAAGGAGGAAGAUAUGGCUGGCAUGAACUCUCUGAUGGCUCUGGCGUCUGUUGCCGCGGCCGAGGCGUCGUCGCUUUCUCAACAGAUCAAUACUGAGAAGAGGAAAUCUAAGUACGACAUUCCGGCCAUCCGUCCAGGGUCGCUGUCAGCUACCGCUGCACCUGCUCACGCGGUCGACCACCAAGCACUCUACGAUAAGUACGAGCGAUCGUCCUGGAUGUUCUCCGAGACGGCUUCGCAGAAGAGCGAGGAGGGAUCAUUUUAUGAUUAUGUUCCCGGCGAUUUCACGGAAUUCGGCGAGAAGAAAGGACUCAAGAGGCGCGAACGGAAUAGGGAAGCCGCACUUCUGUGCAGGAAAAAAAAAAGGAGACUUUAA